AUGGACCCCAGACGAUGGCGACGAGGUGCAAUUCAAGAGCUUUAUCGUCUCAAGCACCAACAACGAAUCCAACUUCCACGCAACUUGCGACCAGGAGCUUCAACUGACUGCGACAAGGGUGUCCGAGACGCUACCCAAGUCCCUCUCCACGACUCACUCCACAGCGUGCCCAAUGAGGUUGCUGUUGGUAUCAUCCUUGACGUCCUUCAAGACUGGUUUCUUGACGUCUGUAUCAACUCUUUUACAUAUUGUUUCGUGCCCAUCCGACGCAUCUUUUCCCACCCAUUAUCGUCAGUCUGCCGAGCCUGGCGCGAUGUUUACCUUCAUUUGAUCCUUUGCUCUCCUGUAGACAGGAUAAGCGCUGGCGGGGACUACAUAGGGUGUACCGUGGAAGAACUCGUCACCGUCCAAAAGUGGCUCCCAGGAAUCAACAUCCAAGGAUGUUUGGUCUUCCUCGGUGAUCCCAACGAGCCCUUAUCGACCCUUACUCCUGUCAAAGACUCUACACUCAUUCCGUCCGAUCCAUCCAUCCAGUCUGCGAUUGAGGCCAUUGAAUGGGUAGAACCCGGUACCGUCUCGACUCCGGUCGCAUCACCUCCCGACAUCGUGGAAGCAACAAUCGAGGUGUGCAGAGAUGCGUACCAGAAGGUGGAUCCCUCGUCGUGGCAGAGCCAGACCCAUCGAAUGAUCACUCUUCGCAACUUCCUGGUCGACGAGUACCUCGCUCUCGGGGUGUCAUACUGCUCCCAGCUAGUCGCCGCGAUUGACUCUUUGCCCAAUCUCAAGAGGGCGGAGCUUCCAGCCUGGAUAUGGGCUUUAGCCUACACCAGUGCCGUCACUUCAUACCCCCCAUCUGUGAAGCUUGGGGGCUCAAAUGCCCCGCUCUCAACACACGAUGGAAGGCACUUGGUCGAUCUGGUCGGGGAACCCGUUACCUCAGCGGAGCUUGCCCAACAGCUGGAGACGCUGAUGAACAGGGUCAAUUGUAUCACUCUCGUGGGGUACCCAUUCAGCAUCCUUGGGGUCUUCCUCUAUACGAACACUUAUCCCGAGGAGCUGCAACAUUACCUCGUGAAUCCAGGGGAGCAAAUGGUACAAUUCCUCGGAGGUGGCCUUACACAGCUGUUGCUGCCCCGCGCCAGGGUGCCGAUGCAGACGACAAGGAAAUUGAAGGCCUUUGGGUGGAGGUCUACCUCGCAGUGCGAGACCGCUUGGUUUGAAAAUCUACUGAUCGCCAUGAUGGAACAGGAGCACACCAGCCCCUCUCCAGCAUCUGCUUGGAAUCUCGAGCAUCUUCACCUCACAAACAAUGCAUACUGGGGACAUACUCCAACCGCUUUCAUGUCAAUUCCACUAAUCCAACAAUCCAGCGCCACCUUACGAACGCUCAUCCUUUCGUUCAAAUUCGCAACUGACAUGAUUGUCGUGCCCCCCUUUCCCGAGGAACAGACCCAUCAAUGUUUAUUCCUCCGCCAAUUUGACGAACUCUUACCCAACAUCGAGUACUUCGACGUCACUGUCUACGACAUCUGUCCUGCGCUCUUCAGCGGAAUCAAGUGGCGUCCGAAGAAGCACGGAGGGACGUUCAUACUCACACGAGCUGCUGAGCUAUGGUACCUCCAUCCGUGCCCCAAUGGUCCCUUUGCCCAGGGACAGGUUGCCCUUGAACCAGACGCGCUUUCCGGACUCUACAUCACCAACCUCCUCGAUCUCUCUAAAUCUCACUUCGAGGAGAUGCAAGACUGGGACGUGCAAAUCAGAGUGGAAUCGCGGGAAUGUAUCACAGGGCCGACUAAGCGACGACUGACUGGGCGGAACGAAGAGGGACCGUCAAAAUACACCAUCGCGUUCUCGCCCUUCUCCGAUGUGAUCACGCUGAGGAGGUUGCGGAAGAGGUCACCUCCCCCUACCAUCACGAAUUCCGAACGGUGUGGGAGUUGGGAUCAAAUCUUUUAUAGGACCACGGUGUCGGAAUUCGUUCGAUGGGUUCGAGAGAAUCGGUUAGAUCUCAAUGAUGAAGUCGCUGCGCCCAGAUUCAGGCCGUCGGGGUUGGUGCAUUGGUUGGAGUAUCCUUGGGGCAUUGGAAGGGACGAUGACGAUGAAGUGGAUGAAGAGGAUGAAGAGGAGGAGGAGGACGAUUAGGACGAUGUCGGCGAUGGAGACCAAUGUGGCGAUUACAUCGUCGAAGUGCGUUCUAAUUUCUCUGCAUAUAUAUGGUUGUCAAUCUAUCAUCAUCCGAGGUCGUUGAU